AUGAUCGUAGGAGAGCCCAACUGGGAGACAGCCAUGCGUGACUUGUACGUCCCAUCGAGCAUUACAUUCCGCUCCGGUGGUAGCGACAGGCUGCGUACCAGAGUCCGGAAACAGCUUACGGAGCAACCUGCUGAUGCGGUACUCCCUCGCAGGUUCGAUAACUACGCGGUACAACUGGUUCCAGGCGUCAUCCUCUACUAUGACUACCUCCUCACCAUCGGAGACGAAGUCACCUAUUAUUGGCCCAAUCGGUCGUUCACUUGGCUUUCGGCGCUCUUUCUGGCGACGCGAUAUGCGACGCUUCUUAGCUUUAGCACCGUUUUCAUCUCCAUGCUGUCAGGGUCAGCGACGGUCAAGUGA